UCCUCCCACCCCAAAAAAAUCUUCGAUCAUUCAAUAUAGUUCAAGGACAAAGCCACCCGCCAUAAUAACGUGGUCCGUUUCUACCCUCAUAUUCCCACUCUCUCUCUCCUUUCUUCUCUGACACGUCAACCAUCUUUCACACUCUUCUUCUCAGGCUUUCUCCCCCUAAAUUCUGCAACACUCUCUCUCUCUCUCCUCACUCCACCUUCGAAGAAAUCAACAAUGCCGGAAAUCUCCAUUGGAGAAGGAGCUCUUGUUCCUUACAUGAAGUCCGAUUCUCCGCCGAAUGAGACACCAGAUGGCGGUGGAGAAUCCGUUUCCGGCGACAAGGAUUUUCUAUGCCCUAUUUGCAUGCAGAUUAUCAAGGACGCUUUUCUCACUGCUUGCGGCCAUAGCUACUGCUAUAUGUGUAUCUUCACUCAUCUUCGCAACAAGAAUGAUUGCCCUUGCUGUUCUCGUUUUCUCACUCCUAAGCUUAUUUUUCCUAAUUUUGCCCUCAAUAAGAUAUUGAAGAAGAUGUCUAAUUAUCAAUUUGGAAAAAGUGCCUCUUUGAGUGAACAACUUCGCCGAACUCUGCAGCAGGGUUGUGACGUGUCUGUGAAGGAUCUUGACUGCCUUUUGUCUCUACUCGGGGAAAAGAAGAGAAAGAUGGAGCAAGAAGAAGCUGAGACAAAUUUGCAAGUUCUUCUUGAGUUUUUGGUUUGCUUAAGAAAAGGAAAGUUGGAAGAGCUUAGUCAGAUACAAAAUGAUCUCCAGUACAUCAAAGAGGAUAUAGAUGCUGUUCAAAAGCACAAAACAGAAUUGUGGAAUGUAAACAAGAGUCGUACAGUUAGAUUGAGAAUGAGAGGGGAUGACUUUGACACAAAAGGUUCUGGUCAUACGAUACUGAGGCCCAUGGUUGAUGGUUCUGGUACACAAGUGACGAUUUCAGGAAGUUUACCAUGUGGAGAAGUCAAUGUAGGUGCUCCAGUCUCUCAAGAAUGUUUGGAAAAUGAUGUUCGUGCAGGCUCAAAAUUGCAGCAGCAGGCUCCAACAGAAAAAUAUAAAGCAAGAAAACGGCAGGUCGAGGCGCAGUUCACUGACCUGCAAGAAUGUUACCUGCAAAAAAGGAGACACCGGGCAAAACAAAAACAAGCAGCAGAAGGGCGGAAUCUGAAUAAUAUGAAUAACCUAGGCUAUCAUGCUGGACUUGAAGAUUUCUGGUCUGUGCUCACUUCCUGUACUCGAUACAGCCAAUUGAAGGCUAUUUCAGAGUUGAGGCUUGGCAAUGUUUUUCACUCAGCCAAUAUUAUUUCCAGCAUAGAAUUUGAUAGAGACCAUGAAUUGUUUGCAACUGCCGGUGUCUCCAAGCGGAUUAAAGUUUUCGAAUUUUCCUCUGUGGUUGAGGAGCCAGCAGAAGUGCACUGUGCUGUUGUUGACAUUGCUACACGAUCCAAACUAAGUUGUUUGAGUUGGAAUAAGUAUACAAAACAUUAUAUUGCUAGCAGUGACUAUGAGGGGAUUGUAACUGUUUGGGAUGUUGCUACUAAUCAGAGUGUUGGAGAAUACGAGGAGCAUGAAAAACGGGCUUGGAGUGUGGAUUUUUCGCGCACUGAACCUUCGCUGUUGGUAUCUGGCGGGGAUGACUGCAAGGUUAAAGUUUGGUGCACCAAACAGGAAAAGAGUGCUCUUAAUAUCGACUUGAAUGCAAAUAUAUGUUCCGUGAAGUGUAAUCCUGGAUCUAGCAUGCAUGUGGCGGUGGGGUCUGCAGAUCAUAAUGUUCACUACUAUGACUUGAGAAACAUUAGCCAGCCUGUUCACGUCUUCUCUGGUCACAGAAAAGCUGUUUCAUAUGUUCAUUUCUUGUCUGCCAACGAGCUUGCUUCUGCAUCAACUGAUAGCACUUUGCGUUUGUGGGAUGUCAAGGAAAAUAAGCCGCUACAGGUGUAUAGAGGUCAUACGAACGAGAAGAAUUUUGUAGGCCUCACAGCUAACAGUGAAUACAUUUCUUGUGGCAGCGAAACAAACGAGGUGUUUGUUUAUCACAAGGCAAUCUCAAAGCCCGUUGCUCGGUACAAGUUCAAUGCAUCAGAAAUGCAUGAUGGUGACGAGGAUCGGGGGUCGCACUUUAUUAGUGCAGUUUGUUGGAAGAGUGAUAGCCCAGUGAUAAUGGCUGCUAACAGUCAAGGAAACGUCAAACUAUUUUCUCUAGCUGCCUAAUUAAGAUUAGUUACAACGGUAGAUAGGACAUUGAAAAUCCAGUAUCUGUCUUUAACCUUUUGUGUAUAUAAAUCAGUUAGUAAUUUCUCCGUUCUCAAUUUGUAGAGACAGAAUUUGAUCACAGACAGUUUGACAGAACAAUAUGACGCUUUGAGGGUCGCAAGUUCUAUGUUGUACACUCUUUUUAUUGCUGCAA